CUGCAACUGUAGCAACCCCUCAGCUGUGAGAAGUUUGUUUUGUAGAUUCGAAGUUUCUUCAGAAAAGUAUUUCAGACAUUCUCACAAUGCUCCUUGGUUACAUGAAGGUGGAAAACCCCCUAAAUGCCGGACGGACAGGACAAUCGCCUCCAGUUCCCGUAUUGCACGCUUCUCUCUAUAUACAGUGCAGGCGUCAGCUGUUCUGGAGGACUGCAAGUCAGACAAUGACAUGUACGGACGGCAAUGACGGCUCCGGGGACAACCCUGAGACUUUCCUAUCCGUCUGUGUAUAUAUAUAUAUAUAUAUAUAUCGCCGCCUCCGGCAGUGACGUCCGCGCCGCAAACCCCGGCGACCUCCCAGAUGAAAGCGAAAAUAAAGUGGAAUGUGGUAGAGUGUCAGUCUACUGUCCGGGCAGAGCAGAGCGGACGGGUGAGAGCUACACUGCUGCGGAACAGCGACACCACUGGGCACAGCACCGCCACUGCAGGACACCCCCAAAUACAGCAGCUUAUUUUUUUUUGCACCUUUCUACUUUUCAACCACAAAACCCUUCGAUGAGACGGCCUCAUAUGUCAACAGGAAGCUGAUUCAGUGACUUAUAACACUCUGCCAUGGACUGCGCCGACGUUACUUUGCAUCCAGACAAAUUCUGCCGGCAGAACUCCAGCACUGGGCUGUCACUUGACUUCGAGCCUAAGCAGGAAUACAUCUUUGUGGAGACUUUGCAGGAGCGCUACAAGUGUGCGAGCUGCCACCUGGUCCUUCACAACCCUCAUCAGACAGGAUGUGGUCACCGCUUCUGUGAGAAAUGUAUACUGUGCCUGAAAGAGUUGCAUGAAAUCCCUCAAUGUCCAAUAGACAAAGAAACUAUUAAACCUCAAGAGAUCUUUAAAGACAAUUGCUGUAAAAGAGAAGUCCUGAAUCUACAGGUAUACUGCAGAAAUGCCCCAGACUGUGAUAUGAAGGUAUCGCUGGGAAGGUUCCAGGAUCAUCUGGCGCAUUGCCUAUAUGAAAUGAUCAGGUGCAGCAACGCCGGAUGUCCCGACCAGGUGUUCCGAAAAGACUUGGAAAAUCACUUAACAACACAAUGUGAACUGAGAGACGAAACCUGCACCUUCUGCAAGAAAAGCAUGACCUCCAUUGAUCUGCAGAUUCACAGACAGAAGUAUUGCCCAUUAUAUCCAGUCUCUUGUCUCAAUAACUGCGGCCAUACUUAUCUAAGAGAGGAGGUAGAUGACCACCUGGUUGUGUGUCCGGAAGCUGAAGUGGAAUGUCCAUACGCAGAUUAUGGCUGCUAUAUAAAGGUGAAAAAAGCAAAACUAAAAGUCCAUGAAGAGACCUUUCUGAGAGACCACAUGCUUUACGUAUUGAAUAGGAAUACAAAGCUUGAGAAGCAGAUGUUAGAUUUAAAGCAAAGUUUGGAACAAAAAGAAAACAAAAUUCAUCAGCUCUCGAACACGGUUAAAUGGUGCGAGAAGGAAUGUCGCCAGUUCGUGCAUCUCAGUGGUAAUGGGAAUCACCUCGCCAGCGCCCAGUCUUUAGUCAGUUAUAUAGAGAAGGCGUCAUGGCUGGAGGAGCAGGUCCUGCAGAUGGUGCAAUUGAUCAGUGAAGAGCAGAGCCGACAUGAUCUCAGGCCUCUUAUGGAGGCCGUGGAGAGCAUCAAGCAAAAGGUGUCUAGUAUUGAGAGCUGCAGAGACCGAUUAGAUAUCCUUGAAGGACAAUCUAAAAAGCACAACGUCCAGAUAAAUAUCCACAAGUCUCAACUGAGCAGCAAUGAAGAGCGCUUCAGACUCCUGGAAGGCACCUGCUAUAAUGGAAAACUCAUCUGGAAAAUCACAGACUAUGAACGAAAGAAGAAGGAGGCGGUGGAGGGGCGCGUGGUCUCCGUCUACAGUCAGAACUUCUAUACCAGCCGCUGUGGUUACCGCCUCUGCGCCCGGGCCUACCUAAACGGUGACGGCUCCGGGAAGGGCUCCUUUCUAUCUCUGUAUUUUGUGGUCAUGAAAGGAGACUUUGACUCACUACUGUCCUGGCCAUUCAAACAAAAAGUCACCCUAAUGUUGAUCGACCAAAGCGGGAAAAAGAACCACAUCGUAGAGGUGUUUAAGGCCGACCCGCACAGUAGCAGCUUUAAGAGACCUGAAGGGGAGAUGAACAUUGCCUCGGGGUGUCCGCGCUUCGUCUCGCACACCCAGCUGGAGAAUCCAAGGAACGCCUGCUACAUCAAAGACGACACCAUAUUUGUUAAAGUAUCCGUCGAUCUUACAGACCUCGAGGAGCUUUGAAGCAAAUUGGACUUAUUUUUAUUUUUUCUCCUUUUUGUCAUAUUUAAAUUAUCUUAGGACAUUUACAAUCUUUCCAGUCACGUGCAGCAAGUGUCAUUUUUUAAAAAUAAAUUAUUUUCG